UAGGCAAUAGACUAGGCCUCUACACGCAUGCACCAGACACAAGCGCACGCUCCUUCAGUCUGUUCUUCAUUGUUCUGUUAUUCCACCUGGAAGCGAUCUGACAUGAACCAAGUGGAUAUUAUGGACACAGUAUAAUUUUUUUUUUUAAAUACACACUUUAGUCUUUGUGUAAGCAACACCGACACGGAGUAGAAUGAGUAUCCCUGACUGUGGGUUUUGGAGGUGGUAUUGUCUUUGGAGUUGAACAUUGUUCUACAAACGCUCUCCCCAGUGCAUGCUCUCCAACACGGACGCCGCGAAGCCCUAAAGGGAAGGCUUGCUUUAUUUGACUUUCCCUUCUCAUUCGACGCGAGCUUUCUAAGACUGCUAUGACGUCUCGCAGGUGGUUCCACCCCAACAUCACCGGCAUCGAGGCAGAGCAGCUCCUCUUGACCCGGGGGGUCCAUGGCAGUUUCCUAGCCCGGCCGAGCAAGAGCAACCCGGGAGAUUUUACUCUCUCUAUCAGGCGGAACAAUGAGGUCACUCACAUUAAGAUCCAGAACUCAGGGGACUACUACGACCUGUAUGGAGGGGAGAAGUUUGCCACGCUGGCAGAGCUGGUGCAGUACUACACAGAGCAGCACGACCUCCUCAGAGAGAGGAACGGAGACGUCAUCGAGCUCAAGUACCCACUCAACUGUAAGGACCCCACCUCCGAGAGGUGGUACCACGGGCACCUCUCUGGGCGCGACGCUGAGAAGCUGCUCAUGGACAAGGGCAAGCCUGGCAGUUUCCUGGUACGGGAGAGCCAGAGCAAACCAGGUGACUUUGUGCUCUCUGUCCUCACCAACGAGGAGAAGCACGAGAACGUAGACCGCAAGACCAAGGUCACCCAUGUCAUGAUUCGCUACCAGGAUGGGAAGUAUGACGUAGGCGGAGGAGAGAGGUUUGACACGCUGGCUGACCUGGUGGAUCACUACAAGAAGAACCCCAUGGUGGAGAAGAGUGGAAUUGUUGUUCACCUCAAACAGCCCUUCAAUGCCACCAGGAUAAAUGCAGCCAACAUUGAGAACAGGGUGAAGGAACUAAACAAAGUGGCAGACAACUCAGAGAAGCCCAAACAGGGAUUCUGGGAAGAGUUUGAGGUGCUACAGCAGCAGGAGUGUAAGCUCCUCUACCCUAGGAAAGAAGGGCAGAGAGCAGAGAACAAGAGUAAAAACAGAUACAAGAACAUCCUCCCUUUUGACACCACACGGGUGGAGAUCAGGGAAGCAGACACAGAUGUGCCUGGCUCCGACUACAUCAACGCCAACUACAUCAGAAGUAUGCAUGAAGAGGGCCGCCACGUGGAGGAGGGCAAGGUGUUCAUCGCCACCCAGGGCUGCCUUCAGAACACGGUGGUGGACUUCUGGAAGAUGGUCUAUCAGGAAAACACACACGUCAUUGUCAUGACCACCAAGGAGAUGGAGAGAGGACGGAACAAGUGUGUGCGUUACUGGCCCGACCUCAACGCCACUAAGGAGUUUGGGAAAGUGAGUGUGAAGAACGUGGAGGAGUGUCCGGCUCAGGACUACAUCCUAAGGGAAUUGGAGGUGACGCGUUUGGACAGGAGGGAGCUGGUGCGGCAUAUCUGGCACUACCAGUAUCUGAGCUGGCCUGACCAUGGUGUGCCCAAUGAGCCUGGGGGAGUGCUCAGCUUCCUGGAGCAGGUCAACCGCACGCAGAGUGCCAUUCCAGACACCGGGCCAAUUGUGGUCCACUGCAGUGCAGGAAUUGGGAGAACAGGCACCAUAAUUGUCAUUGACAUUCUCAUUGACGUCAUCAACAGACAAGGAUUAGACUGUGAUAUCGACAUCCCUAAGACCAUCCAGAGGGUCCGUCAGCAGCGAUCAGGCAUGGUGCAGACGGAGGCCCAGUAUAAGUUCAUCUACAUGGCCGUCCAGCAGUACAUUGACACAGCACAGAAGAGACUGGAGGAGGAACAGAGGAACAAAACGAAGGAGAGGGAGUACUCCAAUAUCAAAUACCCCCAGAUGACCAACGCCCGGUCGAAACCCAAUAUGACUUGUGUGUCACGCUCGUCCUCUGUGGUGACAAGUGACAACCCGUCCAGUGUGUAUGAGAACUUAAACAUCAAGAACCCAAAGACCUCUGGGAGCAGCAGUAACACCAGGAGGUAAAGUCCAGCCACGGACCUCUGCCUCUCUCAAACCUCUCUUUUCAGCAGAGGUGCCGCUUCGCCAGCGCCUGAUCCAUGGGAGGCCUGUGGAGCUCUGGCCCCGGACCCCCUGGCGGUGGACCCUACCUGGGGUGAAGGUGGAGGUCCUGACCCCUCCUAGUCUCUCCCCUUCUGCUGCCCUGCUGGCUGUCUGGAGCAUUCCCCCUCCACGGAGAGAGGGGUGUAGCGCAGGGUUCUUGUCCUUCUAUCUUCAACCCCCACCCCUCUCUCUCUCUAUGACCUCCACAUGACUUCAUGUCUCUUCUACAGGCUCUACCGUUUACUGACAGUGCCUUGUCUACAGACGUGUCUGUAACCCCCCUUCCUCCUCCCACAGUUGUUCCAUCUCACCACCCAAACCCCCUAUCCAUCAACCAUCCCACCAGCCCAACAAAUGUCCUUUGCUUAUUUCUGUUGACUCAAACUAAAUCGACAAAAGAAACAAACCAUUGUGUACUCUUGUGUGAUAUCAAUGUUUAAGUGAUGCUUUGCUCUGUCGUGUUCCAUCGCGAGGUGGAUGGGACAAGAAAGGAUGAAGCUAAGCCAUUUCUCUUCUCACUCUCAGAAUUCGCUCCUCUCUCUGCUGGCUCUCAUCUACUUGAAUCAAAGACUUUAGCAAUGUUCUAUUCUUGCUAGCAGCAGUCAUUACUGCACUGUUGAGCGAUUUUACCACGUGAGGCACUGGCGCAGACAAGCUUACUCCUUACUCAACCCUCUCCCAUACCUUCAUUUUGAAAGUUGAGGAAAGUCAGGGUAUUCACAAUGGCCGUUUGUCAGUGAGUUUGGGUUAUAAAAAAAAAAGUGGAUAUUUUCCCUUUCUAUACAGGGAAGUAUUUCUUCAAUAUAGUUUGAGAUGUACUUGUUUAUCCCACCUGUCCCGCCGAUGGUCUCUUGUGCCAAUAGAAGACGUGCAUGCUCAUCUACUUUAGUGAUUCCACCAUUACAGUUGCUGAGCGCCUAUUCAGUCAAUAAUAACAAGCUCCUCUCCAGACUUACUCAUGAAAUGUUUCUAUUUAUUUAGUUUGAAUCGGUGUCCUUUCAAUUGAUUGUUUAUUUUAUUGUUAUUAUUGGUGUGAUUUUGUAAUGCACAGGAUAUGUUUAUGUUUUUGUUUAUUGGGGAAAAUGAAAAAGCGGUGUAAUAUUGCCUCCAAAGGAAGAAAGAUCCAAUUCCAUUGUUAUGAAUUGACAAAAAAGCACAAUUUUCUGCCCCGCACUUGCUCUGCAGAUCCUGGUUGAUAUGCGGGAAAUUAACAUAGUUUGAGGUCAACGUUGGCCUCAGAGAAAGUCUGCAAAGGUUUUCAUCCUAAUCAAAUGGCAUAACAAACAGGGUUAAACAUCUGCCAAGCGAGAGAUGGGAGAAGAUGGGAGAGGAUAGGAGAGAAGUCCAGAUUCUAGCCUGGCUCACUGACAUGGGCUGCCAUCGCUGAAGUCUUUAGCCAAACAUUACUGGGCCAGAUGGCCUACAGCCCAAGAUUAAAUCAUAGAUUUAUCUCCAAAAAGCAAUCUACAAGAUGGCUAUAAUCCAGGCUUGACGAUGGUGGGAGUAAAAACCUACGUCAGUGAUGAUGUCAUAAGGAGGGAGGCACCACACAGCAAAGAGCCUUCUGUAAUAUAUUUUGACAUAUACAUGUACAUAGUGGGCAGUGGCUUCUUUCUGACAGACGUCAUGCUAACUAUUCUUAGCAUUUUGCAUAAAAAUAUAAUGUUGAAAAUGUUCGCACUGGAUUUAGCCAGCGGCACAAUGAUGUCAUCCUUUUGAACAAGCCAGUUGUUUGGCUACAUAGAGGUUGUGUUACCUGCUGUGUGAGUCGGGCUGUACUUGUACAUGGUUCGGGCCUUUUUAACUAAGGCUUGGCAGCACAUCUGAGGGCUGCACUUGCUACAUGGUCCCUUGCUCGUCCUAACACCAAUGCAGUAACUUUCAGUAAUACUGAAAGUAUGAAUUUUCAGUAUUUCCCUUUUAGCCGAAAUGUCUGUAUUUCAGAAAGCACAGCUAAAUCAGUCCUAAUAGGAUACGUCAUUCUCGAUAUUGUAUUCAUGCUACACUGAACUCCAAAAGUAUUGGGACAGUGACACAUUAUUUUUGGUUUUGGCUCUGUACACCAGCACUUUUUACCAUGAUUACGGAUAGUCCUGAAUGAAUCGUGAAUAAUGAUGAGUGAGGAAGUUAGACACACAAAUAUCAUUAUCCCCCCCCAGAAUGCUAACCUCCCCUGUUAUUGUCAUGGUGAGAGGUUAGCAUGUUUGUGCGUCUGUAACUUAAUGACUCGUCAUUAUUCACGAUUCAUUCAGGAUUAUCCGUAAUCAUGGUAGCAUCCACAUUAAUGUAGAAGUGUUGAGAAACAUUCUAUUCUUAUUUUCAAUAAAAGUGACUCCAAAAUGAAACAAUACAUUAUUUACCAUUCAUUUCUAUUGGGCAUAAAAUGAUCUGAAACAGCCAAAACAAACAGCAAAUGCAUCUAACAAGUUUGUAGAGUCACCAGCUUGAUGUAAUCAUUGCAUGCUAGGAAUAUGGGACGAAAUAGUCAACUUUUGACAAUUUUAAUUCACAUAAAAGUGAAUUUGGCCCAAUACUUUUGGUCCCCUAAAAUGGGGAGGACUAUGUACAAAAAGUGCUGUAAUUUCUAAAUGGUUCACCUGGUAUGGAUGAAGUCAGCACUUUAACCUCAUAUAUCAUUUCAAAGGUGAAGUGCUGAAGUACAGAGCCAAAACAAGAAAAAAUGUGUCACUGUCCCGAUACUUUUGUAGCUCGCUGUAUAUUCUGAAAUCACUGGUAGCUGUAUGUAUUUUGAAAUGAAGUGGUAUGCUAUUCUCAAGUGAUCACUGAACAUUUUGUGCAAUUAUCUCUCUCCAUCGUUCAACUGCCUGCCCAACUCCUAAUCUUGCCCAAUGAAUGAAAAGUGCAUUUUUUGUUUUCCGUUCUCUUAAUUAUGUUGCACUGAUGAUCAUGAUGUUGAUGAUUUUGUAUUGUAUUUCACUUUGCCUCUACGGGUCAACUUUUUGUAAUGUGGUGAAAAAUUGAGAGGCGAAUCCUAACUUCUACUUAUGAGAAAUGUUCACUUAUUGAUGUAAGUGGGACACUGAGUGAAAACUUGACUUAGGUGGAAAUUAGCCCCGAACACAACACAAUACUUGAAAUUCUGCUUGAAGCUUCUGAGUCCUUUAGCUGAAGGCUUGUGAUCUGUGACUGUCAGGAUGACCACUGGCUGUUUAAAGAGUACAGUAUGAUGAUAGUCUGCUACACUUAUACGCCAUCGGUGUUGUACGGUUUCUUUUCAUUUCCUAUUUUCUUUUGAAGCAUUCUGUUUUCUAUACGAUUAUUAUUUGUGUGUCUAUUUGGUGUUAUUACACCAUUGAUAAUAACAUCAUAAUUAUGAAUUAUAAGCUAAACAGGUGUUCUUGGAGGUAUACAGUAAUUAUAUCAGUUAUUUUAUAUCUGCUCUUUAAAUUUACUUGAAUAUGAUGUCGACAUAGUAAAAAAAGAAAUACUUGUUCCUUUGCUGGUUGCAAUAUGCCUGAUUUGAGUAGUGGUAUACUGACUGUUCCUGUGUUUGGAUGAAGAUGGUUCCCCCCCCCCUCUUGCACUGACUCAAACGCCUUCUGUCCAGGCAUAUAGCGCUGAUGCAAUGAGGUGGUCAGAAAUAACAAAAUCAUUAAAUAUUUAAUAGUUUAAUAAAAAAAUGUAUGAAGGAAAUAUGA